AGCAUGGAGGUUGCACCACCACCUUUUCUUCUCGACGAAAAGGCUCCCACGUCAGCCAAGGAUUAUCCUCCCGUCACAAAGCUGAAUCCGGCAUAUGAAUAAUGGAUGCUCGUCGAUGCUGCCUCAAUGCAAGGGCUCUGAAUCUAUGCUGAAGUACCUCUACACAGCCCUCAAUAUUGGCAGAUCUCUUAAUUUGGCUCAUGAGGUAAUGUCCAAACAAGAUAUUAUUCUUUGUGUUCUACCAAGACUUCCUGGAGAGAAGAAAACACCCUCCUCCAUAGAUGGUUCAAGGAAGAAGGAGAAACAAGAAGAAACCAUCCAUAGUUUCCAAAUCAUGAGUUCCAAACGCAGCAUCAACCUCUACGAACAUCCGGAAGGUAACGUAGAGAAGGUUCGGUGUUGGAAUAUUGAAAUGGAUAAGUUGAUCGUCGGAAACGCCGUUCGUCGGAACAUCCAAAAUCCUGGCAGCACCUAUUAGUCCACUUGUGAGCUAUAUUUGACUACUUAAAGUUCAUUAUUUUAACAUGGUUUCUUCACGAAAGUUAUAGCCUUACAUCUUAGGAAUCCACAGAAUCAAACUGUUUGUAAUUCCGUGAAGAAACGAUGGAGAUAUGCUCAAAGUACCGCAGGCUGUUCAGUUGUGACGGGAAUGACAAAGUGAAUUUCGAUGUUGUUUCCACUCUCGCUCAUCCGUAAGGUUUCGGCCGAUGAUUUCCAGGUCUGUACCUUUGCAUUAGACUUGUCGAAUCAUUCAUCACAUACGUACAUGAACAUAUAUGUUAAUCCAUAUGUUGAAAUCAUCCCAAAAUAUAUAUGUGAUGCAUAU